AUGCCUUAUAAAGUCACCAUGCUCUCCGCCGUAGAUGAGCUGACCGAAGAAGCGCGCAUGGUUGGUGCUAUCAAUACCAUUUUCCUUCGCAGGGGUGAAGAUGGAAGGACCCGAUAUAUUGGUACUAACACAGAUACCAUUGGGGUCCGGGAAGCUUUUCUUAGGAAUCAUUCUCAACUUCCUGCGCAGUCAGCUGGAAGACCGGCUCUGGUGAUUGGUGGUGGGGGAGCUUGUAGGGCAGCUGUUUAUGCCCUUUCAAAAUGGAUGGGGGUCAGCAAAAUCUACAUGGUGAACCGGGUUGAGAGCGAGGUUCGGGAUAUUAUGAGCUCCUUCGAAAGUGCUGGAUUGAAUGUUGAAUUGAUAUUUGUUUCGACUAUCGCCGAGGCGGCUGUGUUAGAAGCACCGGCUCUUAUUGUUGGGACGGUGCCGGAUAUCACCCCGAAAGAAAAAGGUGAGAUUCUUGCGAGAGAGAUUGUGGAUGUUUUCUUGGCGAAGGAAGAAAAAGGAUUUGUUCUGGAAAUGUGCUAUCAUCCUAAUCCUCGGACCUACUUCUUCAAUCGCUGUGAAGAGAUGGGGUGGAAUGUGCUAUUUGGGACAGAAUCUAUGCUCUGGCAAGGCGUUGCUCAAGAGAGCCUCUGGACAGAGCUGCCGAUGCACCAAUUCAACCUCGGCGAAGCGAAGGAAGCUCUUGUUAAUGCGAUUGAGAUGCAUUCGGUGCAUUAA